AUGAAAAUCUUUGAAUUGAAAAUUGAUAAUUUGAAUAUAGUAAGCACUCAAAAGCCUCCUCAAGGGCCUAAAAGAAGAUCACUAAUGGCUCAAAAUGAAAAAUUUAUAUCAGAUCUGAAACAGUUUAACAAAACGGGCAAAAGCAAGAAGACAAGUCUCAACACAUCAAAAACCUUUGACAACUGUGAAACAGAAAAAGAUAUUAGCCAGCUGAACCUCACUGAAUUCGAAGAAGAGCUUUUCAGCGAAGAGGAUGCAUUAUCAGAAGCAAAUAGUAUUACAUUCAGUAACCAAAAAGUGAAAGAAAAUCCUAAAAUUCCCCCACUUUUCGUCCUACCAAAAAUCAACAAAAAGUCGUCUCGAAGGCGGACAGUAGGGCUCAAACUUGAGGCUCCUCAGCGAAGAGACCCCUUCCACACCCCUCAGAUAAAGUCAUCAAAGUUGAAUGACCUCAAAAGUUCCAUAUUCAUGCCAACAUAUAAGACUUAUAUGAUAAAUAAAGCUGUGAACGAUAAAGAGUACUCAAUGACCAUCGAUCCAUCCAAGAGUUAUGAGUUUGCAAAGAUGAAGCCUAAAGGUGGCCAAUAUUUACGGAGAACUAAUCAUCGAGAUUCAAAGCAAGCGAUUAUUCAAUUUGUAUCGAAUCAGAAGCGCAAAAUGAAACACAAAGUUGCACCCAGAGCUCAGGAGUCAGAUACCAGCGUAAAACUAGCUGACCAACAUUACACUGCUGAGGAAAGUAAUACUGGAAGGCUGAGACGAAGUGCAACUGCCAAUUCAUCAAUAAAGAUUCUAUACUCUUAGUACCAAAUAAGAAGAGCAGUAAGCUGAGUGUUUA